AUGGAUCCUCUCUCGGCUUUGGGUGCUGCAGCAUCUAUCGUGCAGUUCGUAGACGUUGCAUCACGGCUGGCCGCCUCUGGAUAUGACGCCUACAAGUCUGCCUCAGGAGCGAUUCAAGAGAACAUCGAGAUCGAGACGACGACACUUGAACUCAAGAGCUUCAGCGAUAAUCUCCUAAAACAAAACCAAACCCUAGAGCUUCAGCUUCACCAGCAACAAGAUGGAGACACUAAAGCCAUGAUCAACAUGACUGAAAGAUGCCAUGCUGUUGCCGACAGACUACUAAAGGUCCUAGACGACCUGAAGGUGGAAGGGACUGGCCGAAUGCGACCUGUCAGGGCCGGACGGCAAGCGAUCCGGGCAGCAUCCAAAUCCGCACAGAUUGAAAGCAUGGAGAGCUCGCUCACAAAAAUUCAGGCUCUGCUGCAUGCGCAUCUAUUGAGUAGCAUUCGUAAUACACAAGCAUCGUCGAGCAACUCGUUCGAGGGCCUGGCGGCGAGGACCAAAACAAUGCAGGAAGAGAGUAUCGCUGAUCUCCGCGCUUCGAAUAAAGCGCUCAUACGCGCUCUUCGACAACAGGAAAAGGAUAUGGAGAUAUUCAGGGAUGUUCUCAAGAAAAGUCAGCUCCCAGAGGUUCACAGCAGUUCGCGGAUUGACGCUUCAAUGGGAGAGAUCGCGAGAACAUUAGACAAGACACGGCAAAGAGCCAGCUUGGUCGAGAAGCAAUUACGUGUUCUCGGUAGUCUUCAGUUUCCGGAGAUGCACAUGCGACACUCUGCAAUUCCAGAGGCAUACAGAGGGACUCUUUCUUGGAUUUACGACAAAAAUGCAACAAAGGUUCGAUCCUGGCUACAAAGCUUAGAUGGACUAUUUUGGAUCAAUGGCAAAGCUGGCAGUGGCAAAUCGACACUGAUGAAAUUCAUGAGCGACAACAGAACGACCAGAGAAGUGCUAGAAAUCUAG